CAGGCAUCGGGCCCCCAGGCGGAGCGGCGGGCGCCGGGCCCUCAGGCGGAGCGGCAGGCACCGGGCCCCCAGGAGGGGCGGCAGGCACCGGGCCCCCAGGAGGAGCGGCGGGCACCGGCCCCCAGGCGGAGCGGCGGGCGCCGGGCCCCCAGGCACGACAACAGGCAUCGGGUCACCAGGCAUCAGGUCAUUUGGCUCGCCAGCGGGCACCGCGUCAUCUGGCAAGGCAGUGGGCACCGAGUCACCAGGCACGACAGUGGGUUCCGAGUCAACUGGCAUUGGAUCGUCUGGCUCGACAGCGGGCAUCGGGUCACCAGGCAUCAGGUCAUUUGGCUCGACAGCGGGCACCGCAUCAUCUGGCAAGGCAGUGGGCACCGAGUCACCAGGCACGACAGUGGGCUCUGA